CUAUUAUCGGUAUUAACGAAGACAUCGGUCUCAUUUAACCGCUUUACCGCCGUUAUCGCCACUUACGUUACCAAGAAUGACCAGAAUUCGUGGCUUCAUUUUAGCAGUUUUGAUUUCUUACUGCACUGCCCAAAACGCUGAUUUAAUUAAUACAGACGUAACGCAUUCCGGAAAUGCGGAAGUUACAUGGUCAAAGUUUAUGGCUCGAUUGACGAGAACGCUAAGCCAUCAACAACGCACAAAACGUGAACUUGAUUUGCCCGAAGAAGUCCCGACCAUCGAUAAACAGCAAGAUGACGAUGUUGGCAAUAGCACAGCGAGCAAUGGAAAUAAAGCCUCUUGCACGACCUCGAGCAGCUGUACGGCCAGCGAAACAUCGAGCAGUAGCAACACUAGCAGUAGCAGUACUGGAACAAGCAGUACCAGUACAGGAACAAGCAGCAGCAGCAGUAGCAGUAGUAAUACUAGCAGUAGCAGCAGUAGCACAGGUGGUACGAGCAGCAGCAGUAGCAGCAGCAGCAGCAGUAGCAGCGGCUAAACAUAUGCAGAAUAUU